ACGAAGAAGAAGCAUCAGCAGAAGAAUCAGGAGGAAGUACAAAAUGGCGGCUGCGCAACGGUAACGCGAAAACGGUUACAAGUUUUCUAGAAUUUUCCGUGUAGAAUGUGAGCCGUGGCAGGGUUUCGGUGCGGUUUAUUCGUUUUGAGAGGACAAACAGAAGAGAAGCACCACAGAACGGAACAGACGGCGUUUUAUUUUAUUUAAUUUGGUCGUGUGCGUUCAUGUUUCUGUGUUUGUGUUUGUUAGAGACGGCUCUGGCUCUAUAAAUAAUCACAGACUGUUUGUAGAGAGAGAGAGAGAGAGAUCAGUAUGGAGGAUAAACGCCGGACCCUGAGAGAGAGCAGUAGCAGCAGCAGCAGUAGUAGCAGUAGCGGUAGCAGCAGCGGCAGCGAGUCAAGCAGCGGGCCGGCCUCCCCCGCCAGCCCCGGCUCAGGAGCGCCCAGAGCGGAGAGCAGCAGCAGUAACACCGCCGCCGGGUCUGGAGGAAACGCCUUCGCCAACGACGGCAGCUUCAUGGAGCUGUUCAAGAAGAAGAUGGAGGAGGAGCGGCGGAGGAAGGAGCAGGAGGAGGAGGAGGCGGGCAGUCACGCGCACACGGCCGGGGAGAGGAAGCCUGUUAGCGUGGCCAGCUUUGUGGGCAAGCGCAGAGGCGGCGCCAAGCUGGCACUCAAGACUGGAGUGGUGGCCAAGAAGCAGAAACCUGACUCGGAGGCUGAGAAGGGUAAAGGUGACGCCUGGUCUAAGUACAUGGCUGAGGUAAAAAAGUACAAAGCUCACCAGUGUGGAGACGACGACAAAACCAGACCUCUGGUCAAAUAGAGACUGUGGCUGAGUGGCGUGCAACGUGGCGUUCGACCCUCAGACACACACACACACGCACACCUUCUUUGUCUUCUCCUCUCAUGUUUUCUCUUCCUCUUUUGUUUAUAGGUUUCCAGUUUUAGUGUGUUCAGUGAUCCAGAUGUUUUCUAAAACACCAUCGAUUUGAUGUUGGAGUAUUGAUAAAGACUCUGCGGUGUGUGUGAGAGAGCAUCUGGACCGCCGUCACAAUCGUGUCAUUUUGUAACCUUUUUUUUUUUUUUGAUUCUUGGUAAUGGAUGUGACUUGAAAUCAGUGGUUUAAAAAAAAGAAGAAAGAAAUUAAAAAGCUCUGAAUAGAGCGAGUGCUGGCCAGUGGGAAUCUUAUCUUUUGCGUUCUUCAUGGUGCUGAUCCAGUUAAAUGAAAGUGACACAUCAGAUCAUCUUCAGUCAGUAGGAAUCUGUGUAUUGAAGGUUUUUUUUUUUUUUUUUUUGCUCAUUUCAGACACCUGAGACCUUCAGCCUUUUCACUGUAAAUACAAACUGAUUGUAUUAGCGAGCGCUAAUUUAUUUUAAAAAGUACGAGAGUGAGUCAAAAAUUAUCCACUGUUAAAUAUUUAAACAGCUUUUCGACAUAAUCUCCUUGCAUUUUAAGACACUUUGUCCGUCAGUUGACAAGCUUUUGUAUUCCUUCCCUUUUUAUAAAAAAUGUUUAUGGCUGAGCUGUUGGCUCUUCAUCGGAAGUAAAUCUUCAUCCUCAUCGGGCUGCUUUCAGGGGACCGAACAGGUGAAAGUCUGAUAGAGCAAGACGAAGACUAUAGGGAGGACACUUUUAACAUCUCAAAACAAAAGUUUAGUCUUCAGCUCUUUAAUAAGCAUCUCACUGUCACGAGCAUUGUUGAUUUGUUGAGUCUUUUUUCUGAUGGUGUUACAAUACUUCUGGCCCCCGAGAAUCCCAGAAAUCUGUAAGUGUUGAUGAAUUUUCCAGCUAAUGGUCGACUUUUGAGCUUUUUCUCAGUCGAUUGAGGAUGUUUCUGUUCCAUAGUCUGCUGUUUACUCUCAGGCUCAUGGUGAUGAAUCUUGUCUCAUCACCAGUAAUGAUUCUCUUUAAGAAACUUUCACCUUCCUUAGAGUAUCGCUCCAAAUUGUUUGCAGACAUGCAGACACUGCGGUUUAUGCUCUUCUGUAAGGUGCUUAAGCACCCGGUCUACCCUCAGACCAUUAAAAAAAAACAUGAAUCACUGCCUGAUGCCCUUCUUUCGUGCAAAUCACAAGCAGGGCAUCUAUUUUUCCUCGCACCUCUGUUACAAAUGAACUGAUGUAACGCGUCCACACCUGCACAGCAGUGAUCGGAGCCUUGAACAGAAACUGCUGAAGUUUUAUUAUAAUGUGUAUAUAUUAUAUAUUUUAUAUAAUAUAUUGCAAUCAUUUUUGACUCACCCUCGUAAAAACCAAGUGGUGACUAUCGGAAUAGAUGAGAAUGAAAAUCAAGCCACAUCCACUUUGUAGCUAGGUUUGCAUAGAUCAGACAGCCUGAUGAAGAGAGUUCUUAUCUAAAUCAGAAAAUUACUGCUUUUCCAAUCUUCAGUGAUCUUGACUUAUAGCAGGAUUUACACCGUGCUGCUGUUACACGCCGAGGUCCUCUCUCUCGCUCUCCCGGCUUUUUUAGCAGCAUCGUUUACAUCCGUGGUUCUCAUAGUAAAAGCCAGUGGGUCUGUGAAUUUCAUUUGUUCUUCAUUGUUCACAUUUAUUACUGUAAUCAGUAGCACAUCAAGACCUUCCCAGGAAAGCAAGACCAAAACUGACCUCUGCUGCAGAGUUAAGAUUUAGAGUUAAGAGGCCUCAGAAAUCACCAAUUAACAAAUAGCACCUCAGAUUAGAGCCGUUAUGAAGCUUUACAGAGUAUAAGUAGCUGAUGCAUCUCAAUAUCAACUGUUUAAAGGAGAUUGUGUAUUUUGGAUAAAUGCCUUUAGUAUUGUUUUAUAAUGAAGAAAGAAAGAAAAUCAGGAACAACCUGGGAGUUAAAAGGAAUGUUUAAACUUUUGUAGAUGUAAUGAAUAAAGGCUUAACUAUAUAGAUACAGAACUACUGUAUACAUACAACUAUUUCAUGGUCUAAAAAUGGAUUUAAAAGAGCAAAAAACGCAAAAUAAAUUGUGAGAGGUUCUGACUUCUGAUGAUGUUCCUGAGAUACAGAGAUGGUUUCCUCCUUUACUGCAGCGAUGGUUCUGAGCUGAUACCUACAGAAUCCUUCAGGUCCUCAAGAGACUUGAAUUGUUUACAUUUGGCAAAAACCCUUAAACAAAGCAAAUUACAUUUUUCUCUCUUUGUACAUCUGAGCAGUUAAGGGGUAAGUCUCUUGCUCAAGGGCUCAACAGGGGCAGCUUGGUGGUGGUGCUAAGGUUUGAACUUGGGACCUUCUGAGUGUUCCGAUGCCUUAACGACUGAGCUACCCCUGAUCCUAACUUCAGAUCAGCUUAAAGAGAAACGUGGGGUGGUGUCGGGUCUGCUUCUGUUGUAGCUCUUAAACUGUUUUUGGUCUGAUUUAAAAAAAUAAAAAUAUAAAAUUUCCUAAAGGAAAAAGGCCUGUGGAUGUAGACGUUUGGGCUGUCCUGGAUAUUUUUAUGUUCUGUUCUGCGGAAUUAAUAUGUUUGAGAUUAUACUACAACUGUUAAUUAAUUUUACAUGUUUUAGUCUGCUUGAAAUUUGAAACAAUACUAUUUCCAGUUUUUAAACGCUUCACUCUUCAGGGAACGCUUUUCACUAGAUUUUAGAGCAUUUAUGCCUAUUCAUCUCAUCUUACAAGAGCGUUAGUAAGAUCAGCGUUAUUUAUGUCUGGAUGUUGGUGAAGCUCCAGUUCCUCCCAAAGCUGAUGGUGCAGUGGGGCUGAGUUCAGUCAGGGGUCUAUGCAGGACACUUUUAACUGAGGCUUCAUGCACAAGAUAGAACACGUUUGAGCCUCAUUGUUCCAGUGAAGGGAAACUGUGAUGUAAAAGCAUACAAAGACAUUCUGUACAAUUGUGUGAUUCUAGGAGUGUUGUGGAAGAAGCACAUUAUGGUUGCAGGUGUCCACAUACGUUUGGUCAAAAAGUAUGUCCUGAGUCAAUUAUGUAAGAAACCCUUAAGGAAAUGCUAAAGAAUGCUUUUGUUAUAUAAUUCUCUUUAGGAAUAAAAAUGAUCACAGACAUGAUGUGAUGA